GUUUAAGAUCACUCUCAUACCUGUUUCUCACAGUCCUCCCCGCUUUGACGAAACCCUUCAAAGCUCAUCAUGGAAUUCGUCAACCCUGAAGUAGAAGCAAAAUACAUCUACAUCUUCGGCCUCAAUAUCUCAUUCAGCAAACCUCCCAUCCUCCGUCAGGUAUCUUUCAAGAACCAUAACCUACCACACACCUACACCGUCCACAAAACGACGUCCAACACGCCCCUAGCCCCUAUCAAGUCCCCAGCCUUCGGCGGCACAAGCGUAACAAUGCCACAUAAAGUCUCAAUCUCCACUUACUCACAUCAAUUCCCUCGCACGAUUGCGUUGUCGGAGCAAUAAACACUCUCGUCGUCACCAGCGAUGAAAACGGGAGGAGGACUUGAAUAAGCGGAGAGAACACGGACUAGGGCGGUCUCGUUUUGUGCUUGGCGACCACGGGAAAAGGAAUCAUAGGAAAAGCUAGGACGGAAU